AUGGAGCUCAAAAUGCUGCAUCUAGCCAAUCCUCCUCCUCCACUGCUGCUGGGGGUCAAAGUCAGGAUUUGGACCACGAGCCCAGCACCCUCCGGUAAAGCCAGCUUUGCUGCGGCGGCGGCAGAUAUGGCCUGCGCCGGCUACAACUGCUGCACGAGUGAAGCCGCCGAUGCCUACAUGGCGAUCGCGAAGAUGCUCGCCGAGUCGUCCAAGGAAGCGAAGAGGCCUAUCUUGUUCAAUUUCACCUGCAUGGAGAUGACAAACGACUCCAACGGUGGUGUGCCGAAGGCUCUCUCUGCGCCAGAGGACCUCAUCGCGCAAGUGCGCAAAGCAUGUAUUUUCCACCAGGUGCCCCUGGCAGGUGAGAAUGCCUUGGAGUUUGACAUCGCUACCGGUGACUGGGCCUUCAAGCAGAUGGAGAAGCAAAUUCGAAGUUUCUCUCCAGGGGUAGAUGCGAUGCACGGCCUCACGCUUCUGCGGCUGUCGGACAACUUUGUAAGGCUGGGCACAGCCCUUCCGAACGAGUUGGAAGAUCCCGGGGGCUUGCGUUCAGUCUUUCGACUUGUCCUGGAGGGUCCUGAGAGGGAGUUCGGUGACCCAGGACUUCAGAAUUCACUCUUUGCGUUUACGCAGUUUGGAGCGAAGGGCAAAGCCGAGGUUAGGCUAUGCGCGGCGCGCGACAAUCUCCUCCAUAGAGACCUUGGAGUGCGAGCCAUGCGAGCCCGGGACAGUCAGGCUGCAUCGAGUGUGACUACGGCCACUACGCAUCUGGACACGCCGCAACAACUUGUCUGCCUUGCCCUGCAGGCCGGCAGAAAGGAGGCAGAAGCUCUGCUCAUCUCUAUUCUUAGUCCGGCCAGCGCUUCCGAGAACCAAGCACACCGCAGAAUCACCGCGACAGCCCACAAUCUCAGAAACUAUUCUGACAUGAUGUCAAGCCCCUUCUGCAAGACGUGCGAGCCCGGCACCUAUUCCGAUCUUCAAGGCAGUUGGUACUGUGAGGAAUGCGCCAUUGGCCACUGGACCAACACGUCAGGGAGCACAAAAUGCAGCCGAUGCAAACCUGGGAGGUAUGCGGGAGAGAGGGGCUAUCCAACUUGCGAUCGCUGCGAUCCGGGUACGUACAGCAACUGGGCACAUGAAGCGGGUUGGGUCUCCAAGGCUAUGGCUCAGGAUGCUGCGGCAGCUGCCGCUGCAUUGGCCGGGAUCGCGCGGCAUGUGGCCGUCGCAGCGUUGGAGGAAGAGGAUGAUCUGCGACAGCAGAGCCAGGCCUUGGCUGAUCGGCUUCGAGCACUCGCCCCUAGCCGGCGGAAGAUCAUCGCCGUAGGUCAGGCACUUCCGCCUGAGCUGCGUGGCCUCUUGCUGGCUGUCCUGAGGCUCGCGCCAAGCUUGGCUGCAGAGCCGGGCCAGUGCUUGGCCCCGGAUCCACUGGCAGCUGCAGUGCUGCGCAAGGAAAAGCCGGCGACACGCUUGGGCACAGGCACACGGGCGGCCGGCACUCUCGCUGCAGCCGUGGCAGCACUGACAAUGCAAGGCAGCCCCGGCAGGUCGCCAUCCACCCCUAGCGGCAUCAGAUCGCUUUCCCAGCGGCUAUUUGCGGCAGCCAUGGCAGAAGCAGAAGAUGCUGCCGGGGAUUCCCGAUUCCGGGUGUCUGACAAGGAGCUCCGUUCGCUCGCGGCUCUGUGGGCACGGGGAGAGGGAUUAGAACUGCGCGUCCACUUGCUGCUUCUUCACGACGAGCGUUGGGAGGCCUGUCAGGAGCAGGUUUACUUCGAAGUUCAUGAGGCGACACUGCUGCGGCCACGCCCGGCCGCCCUUGCAGGGGUUUGCCUCAGACAUCUUCGGGAGCUGCUGGAGCUGAAGAGGAGCUGGCUUGAGACCCCCGCCUACCAACCGGCUCUGAAGUGCUGCGUGCGGCCCUGCUCGGGACGCUUUCGCCAGGAGGUACUGGAGCCUUUGUGUCCUGAGCGCCGGGUUUUCGCGGAGCUGCUUCCGCCAUCGCCUCCCGAGGCCUUCGUCAGUCAUUGCUGGAGCGAGUCGUUUGAGGACUGCAUCCUGGCUUUGCAGCGCUAUGCGGUGGAACUCCGGGGAUGGCGUUCCUGGUGCGACUGCAGCUUCUGGCUGGGCCUCCUGUCGCAACCUUGCGCUCUCGCCGAGGACUUCGAUGCGGACCUUCGCAACCUGAACUUCGGCAUGACGGCAAGCGGACUCGUCGUGGUGGUGUUGGGAGAGGCUGCCAGCUGGCCAACAAGGCUUUGGUGCUUGUACGAGCUUCUGCAGGCCCGCGAUGCCAGCUUGCCGGUGGAGAUCUGCUCUGCUCGAGGCGUCCUGGGGCGGAGGCCAACGGCCAAAGAGUCGAGAGGAUUUGCGCGGAGGCUUCUGGCCAGCCUCCCGGACGAUGCGCGAUGCGGAAGUGAGGAGGAUGGUAAGCAGCUCCUUGCGCAUCUCUCGCCACGCGGUGGCCUUGAGGCCUUGCGGCGGCCGCUGGUUGCCUUGGCAGGACAGCUGCUCUGCCUCGGUGACACCACCCCAAUCGUGCCUGAGCUGUUCGGGGAGCUCCCGUUGCGCCUCAAAGGUGGCCUGCAUCGGGGCACCUGGGCUGAAGCCAUGUCUCGCAUGACCUCGAGGAGCUGCGCUGUCGACAGCGGAGCGGUGAAGAUCGACGAGAUGGUUUCGUUCCUGCGAACUCCAGGUCAGUGUUUGCUGCUAGAGGGCCGGCCGACCACUGGCCGAGCUCUGUUGGCCAGGCACGUGCUGGCGAGGCUGGCGGAGGGUGGCGGCACGACGGAUGGACGUCCCUGGCUUCCCGUCCAGGCCAACUGCGCUGUGCUCGGGAGUAUGAUCCGAGCUGGCGAUGACUCGUCGGAUCUAGAUCUUCUUGGCCAGUGGCUGACAGAGGAGCAUGGCAAGUCGAUCGUGGAGGAGCUCGGUCAACACUUCGCUGGUGUGGCGCUGCUUCUGGAGGGCCUGGAGCGCGCAGGUCACUCUGCGGCUGCGCUUGCUCGCUGGGCCACAUGCUGGCUGAGCAAGCCUGGGAUGGCCAAAUCAGUCCUUCUGACCUCGCGGCCCUCCCUCCACGAGGAGGUUAUCGGGCAGAGCGCCGCAGCCGAGGAGUCUGGUUGCGAUCUCUGGGGCUUGGCCGAUGCUACUACAGCCGAGCGCGAGUGGGCCCGGGCUGCCGCAGCGAAUCUUCCGGACGGUGGCCGUUUGCUGCAGGUCCAAAUGCAACGUGUUGCGGACAUGCCAUGCUUUCUUCCACUCGCAAGGCUGCCAUCAUCCCUGGCUGGCGUGGGUCUGCGUGGCGUAGACCAGCAAAGGAUGUUGGAGCAGCCUUUCUCUGCAUCCAUUUUGCUUCAUAUUCUCGACCGGGGCGACUCUUCCUGCGACCUGUUCAAACUGAAUUGCCUCGAAAUCUACGGGUGCUUGACGGAUGCCAUGUGGCAAAAUUCUGGCUGGAAGAGUGAUUCCGCAGACUCUGAAGGUCCGGCAAAGUCUGUUUGCGAGAAUGCCUUGCAGCAGCUGGCGCUGGACAUGUGCUCCCAUAACGCCCACAUAGUCCCUGUCAGCAACAUCAACGAUUUACUUGCGACUCCAUUCUUGUGCCGGGUCGGUGGACGACAUGCCCGCUUCGCACAUGUGACGCUUCAAUCCUAUUUCGCGGCCCUGGAGAUCUUGCGGCGGAUGGACGUGGCCCCGCAGGUCCUCGGACAGUCGCAAUGGCCGCAGGUGAAGCUCUUCCUGAAGCGGGGCCUUGAGGCUGCCAUCGCAGCAGCUUGCAGGUGCAUGCUGCGGCCCAGGACCCUGCUGUUCGUUGCUGUUCGGACUCCAUGUUGCUUCCGCCCUGCGGGUGAAGGAGUCGGACGCCGGCGAGGGGGCAAAGUCGUGCUUGAGGACCUGGCUGCCGACGAGCUUGGAGGCCUGCUGGGCUCCACCCUGGGUCUGGUCGGUCGAGUGCUGCGCGUCGGCGGAGGCAAUGUGGGCCUGUCUGCGCGGCUCCCACAACCCGACACCGACAAAAUCACCUGCGGCCCCGCCCGCACUCAUAAGCCGUCUGAAGGCCUGCAGCUGUCGGAGCAGCUCCUCGUUGCUGCUCAGUCCAGCGUCGGGCUCGAGCACAAGAAGCGCCUCCUCAGAAGUUUCUUUCGGCAGAAGUGGAGCAGCGCGAACAUGCAUGAGAAUGGUGAUGAUGCAGGCAAAACGUCCUUUCAUGGCAACUUCCUGGCGAUGUCUCUUUGGAGCCGACCCCUGCGGUGGCAGCUGGCCCUGCUUUUGCUGGCCGCCCGUCCGCCCGGCGAGCCCGUGGAAGACUUGCGGGUUGCUUUGCAGGUGGCAAAAGCAGCCGCGCUGCCCACGAAGCUCCUGGAGGACCAUAUCUGGGAAGUCUACAUCCGAGCAGCCGGCGGUUGGCCACCGAAUACAGCCAAGGUUGAGGCGGCCGGACAGCUUCUCCAGGAAUACUUGGCAGGCUUCCCUUCUGACUGGGAGCAGGGGGCUCUGAAAGCGUUGGCGGCACGGGUAUCCGCCUUUGCCAGGCUGGCGAGUAGCUUUCAGUCUGGGAGCCUUGAAGGCUGGCACCCCUCGGCGGAACUAGCAGCCGCCUCGGGCUUGCCCCAAGUUUUGGUGGAAGCAUCCGAGGCAGCUUUUUUUGCAAGGCGAGUGGCUGCAGGACGGUAUCAUUCAGUCUUGCUCCGGAGGAGUGGUGGCGCGGUGGCCUUCGGACUCAACGCUGCUGGAGAGUCUCUACUUCCACGUUUGCCAGCCGGUGUUCGCUACAUCGCAGUUGCCGCAGGCACCCAGCACACACUGCUACUGCGCAGCGAUGGCCGUGUUGGCUCCUGUGGGUUGAACCUUGAUGGCCAGAGGAGCCUCAUCGGGCUGGAAGGCCGCGUCCUCAUCUCCGUAGCCGCCGGAGGCUUUCACAGUGUCCUCUUGGACUCAGAUGGUUCUUGUGAAGCUGUCGGGUGCAAUGAUCAUGGCCAAUGUCAAGUAAGUUCUCGCCUGUCGGGACGACGCUGCAUCUCCAUUGCUGCUGGGGCGCAGCACACCAUUUGCAUCUUGGAGGAUGGCAACGCCAUUGCUGUCGGCCUGGAUGACAAUGGGCAGUGUAGCAUCCCAGCAAUUUCACAGGUUCCUGUGCCGCAGAAGCGCGUGAGCUGGCUUCGUUACACAUCCGCUGCUGGAGGGAGCAAGCACACCGUCCUCCUGCGCAACGACGGUGAAGCAGCUGCCUUGGGAUGGAAUGCCCAUGGUCAGUGCAGCGUGCCGCCACUGCUGCUAGGCUAA